GGCACGCACGGACGGCGGGUGACGCCAGGACACCUUCUUUCUUUCUUCCUUCCUUCUCCCUUUCUUCCACGAAUCCGAUCCAAUCUCCUAUCCGUCCCCUCGUAGAUCCGAUCAACUGCGAGGUUCGGAUUUGAGGGAGGGGAAGGAUGGGGGCGUGGAUGUCCCGGGUGUGGUUUCUCAUGUUCCCGGCCAAGGAGUACAAGAUCGUGGUCGUGGGGCUCGACAACGCCGGGAAGACCACCACGCUAUACAAGCUCCACCUCGGCGAGGCGGUCACCGCCGCGCCCACCAUCGGCAGUAACGUCGAGGAGGUCGUCUUCAAGAAUAUACGCUUCGAGGUGUGGGAUCUAGGAGGACAAGAGAGCCUACGCACUUCAUGGGCGACAUACUAUAGAGGAACUCACGCUGUCAUCGUGGUAAUCGACAGCACCGACCGUUCUCGGAUCAACAUCAUUAAGGAUGAGCUCUUCCGGUUGAUUCAGCAUGCAGACCUUGACAACACGGCGGUCCUCGUGUUUGCGAACAAGCAGGAUCUCAAGGAUGCCAUGUCGGCGGCUGAGAUCACGGACGCCCUGUCCCUCCACAGCAUAAAGAACCGCGACUGGCACAUACAGGCCUCGUGCGCCCUCACUGGUGAGGGCCUCUAUGAUGGGAUGGGCUGGAUAGCUCAGAAAGUUGCCGGAAAGGCCACGGCAAGCUGACCACAAAAACAUUGUGUGUUUUCGUGAAUUUGUUGGAAGAAGGGAGGCAGGAUGGGUUUGUUGUUCCUGCCAUUUCGGUGUUUAUUUAUAUUGUUGCAUAUGUGAGAACUGUGUAUCCUCAAAAAAAGAAGUGAGAACUGUGUGUACUCCCACCGAUCUGAAUGUAAAAAGGCGAAUUUCCAAGCCA